CUAAGUAACCACCAAUCCCUUUGAAAUUGAAUGAGAAAACAGUGAUGAUGAUCUUUUAACCCCUAAUAUUUGCUCGGAAUUUCUUCACGACUAUGGUGAGGUGGGGUGACAACGAUCUACGACUUUUGAUCAAUCGUCCCAUGCACUUUCAAAUAUCAUCAUCAACUACUUCGGUUAUAUAUGGAAUCAAAGAAGAAAGCGUUUGAAGAAAGAAACAACAAGUACGAGGAGAAAGUGAAGAUCGUUCCAUGGGAAGAUUUCCAGCAAGAGCUUGCUCGUCUUUCCAGUCUUUCGUCCGCCCUUGACCAAGCUAAUCACAAGAAGUCUUUGAUCCAACAGAAGCUUAACUCCCUGUUACAGUUAGAAGCAGAAUCGUUAAACUGGUCAAACGAGCUAGGUGAAAUGUGGGAGAAAUUGGAAGCCCGAAAACUGGUAAUGGGAAAUAUGGCAAUGAAAUCAAAAGUUGUACAAGAGAAAGCUAAGAAGCAGGAGGAGCAGCUUAACUCUAAGAUUAGAUCUCUUCUAAUGGAUGGUACUGCUCUUUCUGUAGCUAGAAGGCAAUUGCAGGAAGCGCAUAAGUCAUUGGCUGGAGAAAGAGGGUAUGUUCAUCUAUGGAAUUUGCAGAAGUUGUUGAGAAUGAGGCAACAACUUUUGGUGUCACAGAUCUCACUACUCUAUCCUGUGAAGGUGGUGCUUGGACAUAGAUGUGAGCAAGAACUUGAAUCAUACACCGGCAGUAGUAGGUUCGGGAAUCCUUCUCGACUGAAACCCCCGGAUGCAGCAUCUUUGACGAUUUCAGGUCUACAUCUCAGUGUUUUUCCUUUUACAAAGAUGAAUUUUUUCACUGAUAAAAAGGAGGUCCUGAGGUCGGCAACUGCUCUCGGUUAUGUUGCACAUGCUGUUUCACUACUUGCUCUAUAUCUAGAAAUUCCUUUGAGGUACCCAAUAAGAGUGGGAGCUUCUCGAACAUAUAUAUGUGACUAUGCUCCUUCGGUUGAAUCUAUAUCUGAAUUGAUGUCAACUUUAUUACCUUACUCGCCUUCAAAGCCGAUGGAAUUUCCUCUAUUCUUGGAAGGCCAAGACACAACAAGAUCAGCUUAUGCAUGUUUCUUACUUAACAAGGACUUAGAGCAGCUCUUGAACUUGAUUGGCGUGGAGAGUUUAGGGCCGCGUCACGUGCUGGCAAAUUUCAGAGAGCUGCUAAAUAACAUUCUUUCCCCACAAUAUGUUUAUACGUCGUAAUAUCCACGACUGUAGUUUUUCUACAUGACUUUGUCUUCGAGUUUGUUCCAUAAUAUUACAUUUUAGCGAUACAAUGAACACUAAACAUCUUAUGUAAAUAUCCUCCAUAUACAUCUUUGGUUUUUGUUUUUUUUUCCCUUUUUUUGGCACCAAUAAUCUUGAUAUGACCUGAAAAGAUAGGUUUUGGAACCGUUGAGAAUCAAGUUCCUAUGAUGGUGAUUGUUUAGGGCUUGAUUCAGAAGAUCAAGUAUGGUGAUGUUUGAUCACAAGUGAGUUGCACGAUUUGCUGUGUAAGAAAUUUGAGGGGGAUGUUUAUCAAAACGC